AUGGACCGACCGCUGUGCCACUGGGUCACUGCCGUGGCCGCGCUGCUGUGUGCGGCGACCCAGGUGUUGUCCCAGCUGUGUGACCGGCCCUGCCUUUGCCCCAGUCCUGCCCCCCAGUGCCCGGCAGGAGUGUCACUGGUGCUGGACGGCUGCCGGUGCUGCCGGGUGUGUGCCAGGAAGCGAGGCGAGUCCUGCACCGAGGUGUUUCCCUGCGACGGCCAGAGAGGCCUGCGGUGCGACUACAGCGCCAGCUUCCCAGGAGACCCCGGGGAGUGUGUCGGUCUGGAAGAUCUGAGCUGUGAGGUGGACGGCGUCACGUACCAGGAGGGCCAGUCCUUCCAGCCCUCCUGCGACUCGUACUGCCACUGCAGAGGAGGAGGUGUGACCUGUGUGCCGGCCUGUCCCCUGACCGGCCGCCUUCCCUCUCCAGACUGUCCCGAGCCUCAACACGUCCGCCUGCCGGGGAAAUGCUGCAAAGAGUGGGUGUGUGAGAACCUGGAGAACACGGUCAUUCAGGACGCCAUCACAGCCAUGAGACCCGUCAGGUUGUGGCCCGCUCUGCCCCAGAAUCACCCUCUGAACAAACUGGUGCUGUCGGCCUCCAGCUGUGUGGAGCAGAGCACCCAGUGGAGCGCCUGCUCCCGGAGCUGUGGAGCUGGAGUCUCCACGCGGGUCUCCAACCAGAACCCGGCCUGCAAGCUGCAGAUGGAGACUCGGCUCUGUAAAGUGAGGCCCUGCAGCCGGGCAGCUCAGCCGGCGUCAAGCAAGCGUGUGUGGGGACGACAGGGGCGGUGCGAGGCCAGCUACACGUCACCGGGCCCCAUCCGGCUGGUUCACCAGGGCUGCUACAGCACCCGCGCCCACCCCCUCCGGUACUGUGGACAGUGCACGGACUCUCGCUGCUGCACACCGUACCACACCACCACCGCCGAGGUGACCUUCAGCUGCCCCACUGGCAGACUGCUGCAGCGAGCGGUGAUGAUGAUCCACUCGUGUGUCUGUCACAGCAGCUGCCCCUACGCCCCGUUCAGGAACCCUGCGCUGUGGGGUUACCGGCCCUGAUCGGCCCGGCCUGAGACACUCCACCGACUGACACGAGGAGAAACUGUGUUCAUCAUCCCCAGGAUCCACAGGAGGUGUCCUCUCAUCAGUGGACGCUGGAAGACAAUGACAAAAACCUUGUGGUGAAUCGAGCAAGUGACCAAAGUGACCUUUGCAGAUCAAAGCACUUUUUAAAACAAAGUAAAAAAGUGUAAAAACAAAACGGACGUGUCAGAGGUUGAAACAGGUUGAAAGAGUUCAUUCAGAUUUUAUUAUCAUUUUCCCUGACUUCAUGUCACCAAUUAAUCCGCCACCACAUCCAAUACCAGCGCAGACGGGUCCACUUUCAUCAGAACUAAUUCCAGUUGAGUAAUUUCAGUGGGUUAUAUUUGGCGGUUUGGCUCUGCUACUCCCUGAGCAGCAGCUAAAAGACCUCGGCACAGAUCAGACACUUCAGAAUGAAAAGGAGGAGCUGGGUCGGAGGCGGUUGUGACGUGGCGUCAAGGCUGGAAGAGUCGAGUCGAGAGCUAAAGCAGCUUAAAUAUGAGCUUUAGCAGCUGAUGUGCUGGACUGUGACUGAGCUCGACUCCAUCACUCCCCAGAUCUAACACAUCUUAUAAAACAGCUGCAAAAAGUCCAUAACCCAGAAAGUAGAAGUUAAAGGUUCUAAGUGGGUUUUUGAGAUUGUUUUGAAAGACACAUCAGUGCACUGAUACAAAGCUCCUCAGAGGGAACUGCAACCUUUUAAUUAAAGGGGCCUGAUCAUGAACUCAAAGUUUAGAGUAAAAUGAGAUAAAAGUACAUUUGACUUUUUCUUAAAGUAGAAAAUUGACUCUGAUUCUCCUGAUGUUUCACAACUGGAAACAUCAGGACUGAAGCAGUAAGUUUCAUAUAUUUGGGCCGAUUGAGUUUCAAUAAUUGUAUCGUGUUUUUUUCAACCUAGAAAAACCUAAACUAUGAGUCGAGGACAUUGAUCUCGAUGCUACUUUGGUCAUGAAGAUGUUUUUAAAGACGUAUUAACUUUGCUAUAAGGCGACGACGUCUCAAGUAACAAAUUAAUGAAUUAAAAAUGAGUAUUUGUUAGAUAGAAAUCCUGCAGAAUGACUCCAGCCUCUGUGUUGACAGAUCUUGUUUUCUGACUCGACCAAUCCAACUUUGAACGGGUGUGUCCGUGUACAUGUGUCCUAGUGCGUGUGCGUAUGUGUGUGUGUGUGUGUGUGUGUGUGUGUUUGUGUGUGUGCGUGCGCUUUCAGAUGAUAUUGCACUUUCUUUAUUUUACUGUUUUGCUGUAAAUAAUUCUGUACUUUGUAAGUAUAGUUAAUAAUGUCAAUAUUUUACAAAGUUCCUACAUUUGUCUUCCUGAUGAUUGUUAUUAUUCUAAAUUGAUGUUUUUCAUUUCCUUACUGAAGUCACACAUUAAAGUCUGAAAAGCCUUUU